AUGCAAACACAGUUCAUAUACAUAUCCAAUAUUCAGCAAAUAUUAAAUCCCAAGCCAGGCAUUGUUGAGGAUGAGGAGUUGGUCCGUGCGACGCAUCUAGGGCCACUGAUGAUUCACCACGGAGGUUUGGGAUUCGAAUUUCGACUGAGGGGGCUGAAGGAGGCUAGGGUGGUGCGAUUGAGCUGGUGGGUGAAGGUUUGCACUUCAAGUGGUGUGCGGUGGCCUGAGGGGCCAAAGGUGGGGGUGAGGUCUAGUUUGGGCUUGUGGGUUUCAGUACAAGUCGCAAUAGCUUGUGACGAAGGUUUUGGUGAGGAGGCAAUGGCUCUCGGUGGUGGCGAUAGGGAUGAUUCGGCGAGAAUAGGGUCAAGUCACGAGAUAAAGGGGCAGGGGCACAAUGAGAGUGGCUGGACAAUAGCCACUGUGACCUACGGUGGACGUGGAAAUGUGUUGCUGAUCAUGAAUUUUUGGGGUGAGGUUGUUAAUGAAGGUUUGGCCGGUGUAAGGAAUGAAUAUAAGGAGAAGGAAAGGUGA